UGAGUUUAUAAAGCGUAAACGCAGCAGAGGCCGGCCAGUUGACAGCUACACCACGGCGUGUUCACUUUGUAUAUUUUUUUAGUUAAUUUAUUAGUAAACAAUGAAUAAAUUAUUCAUAGUGUUUCUUGUCGUGGCGGUGGCCUGUCCAGCCUUUGCAAUGGUUUUUAGGCACAAAAGACAAUCAAACAAUAACGAAGACACUCUAGAUGAUAGGUAUGGAUGGGACAGCCAAAACCAACGACCGUGGCAGAACCAAAACCAAUUUCCUCGGCAAAAUCAAAACGGUGGAGGGCGGUUUCCCUGGCAAAACCAGAACCAAAAUGGUGGUGGUCAAUUUCCUUGGCAAAACCAAAAUGGUGGUCAGAACCAAAACGGCGGACAGGGACAAUUUCCUUGGCAAAAUCAAAAUGGUGGUCAGGGACAGUUCCCGUGGCAAAACCAGAUUCAAAGUACUACAACUCAAGCGCCUAAUGGAAAUGGGGGAAGUUCAAAUGCGCAGGAGUGCAUGCGGAACUGCCCGGUGACACCAGAAUAUAAUCCAGUGUGCGGUACUGACAAUGUCACAUAUACCAACCCUGGGCGGCUGGGGUGUGCGCAAGCGUGCGGUGUCAAUGUGUCGCUCCUGCGGUCAUCACCUUGUCCCACCACUACUACCACGCAGGCGCCUGCUAGCUGAAAUAUCAACUUUGUCAAUUAAAUUAAUUAAGUCCUUCGAGCAAUGUAAAUUUUUAUAUAAAAAAACUGUAUAAAACAUGUGACUGAGUAAAUGAAAGGUUUUCUAUUUUUAUAUAACAUUUGUUUUAAAAGAGAUAAUUAUUUAUUAUUUGUGCGCCGGCUGGUUUUGCAUAGCU